AUGUAUAAAAUCUGGAAGAGCAUCUUCUCCAACGGGGAGAAGGAGCGGCAGCAUGCACUCGAUAUGCUCGACAUGGAGAACAACUUUCUCGACCAGGCGACAAAAGAAAAUGCUGAGAAUAGCGAGCCGAACUUAAAUCUAGCUACUACCACCGACAAUUCUGAUCAGGAGACAGCUGCCACAUCUUCUUCAUGCUGCGUACGCAAAGGCGUCAUCACCGAAUUAACUGGCAAUGCAGGCCGAAUCAAUAACUCCAUGUCCUUUAGCCGGCAAACCGCUGGAGAACUAUUCCGUGAUCUAAACAUUGGCUGUGUUGUCGAGUAUUUAGUCUUUCAACAGGACGAGGGCAACUUCAAAGUGAUCAAGAUUCAUAAAAUACUCGAACACUGUUGGGAGAAACCAGAUCUAAAGCAGGUGCAGGAGAUGUUGGACUCCCUGAAGCUGGAACAACCCACCAAUUUCAAUACGCAGCUGCGAACCAUUCUCGGCGUCAUCACGCAGCGUCUGUCUGCCUCCAUCGAAGUGAACAUGGGUUAUUGUGAACGAAUCGUUGAGCUGGACAAGAUUGCGAUCAAUUUCAUACCCAAGAAGGGCGAUGAAAUCAGCCUCGAGUGCAUUGUCCAGCUGAACGAUGGCUAUGUGGACAAACAGGGCGAAAUUCUGUUAGUAAAGAAAGUGUCGCCGACGCGCAUCGAAACCAAUCAAAAGUGCAUCAUUGAGCGGGUCUUUGAGGAGAUUGCUGUGAUGGACAACAAUGCGUAUGUGCUCAAGGAGGAUGUGCCCACGGGCAUUAGCCUGCAUCUGGGCGAUACUGUCAGAGUCGAUCUUAUCGAGUGUAAACAUUCGACAUUCACGCGUCGCGCCAUCAGAUUGAUAUUGCUGGAGAAGAACUUUGGCCAAGUGAAGAACCAAAUGUUGACGACGUGCUCGACUGGAAAAAGCAGGGCUAUUUCUAUAGAAGGCGAGGAUCGUUUUGUAUUUGUUGGCGAGUGGAAGAAGCAUAACAUCAGCUUCAAGCUAAAGAACACGGGACGACGCACCUUUGAGCUGAAGCGCAUUGAAAUACCAAAUAAGAGAGAUGCACAGAUCACGCUGCUGGAACCGGUUAGCGAGCGUCACAUUGAGAUGGGUACCGAAAUAUCGCUGAUCUUUGAGGUGUACACCAAGUUCAUUGGCGAGGUCAAAGAGCACUUCAUCCUACACUUUGACAACUUUAAAGUGAGUCGCUUCAUAACGAUCAUCGUGUGCGAAACAGAUGAGGAUGCCCGGGAGGCAAAGCGACGUCUAAUUGCCUCCCAACAGCUGAUGGUCAGUGGCAAGACGGUGGCUCAACGGAGUCGCCAAUAUGCGUAUCAGGUGUCCACAAAUAAAUACUCAUUGGUGAAGGGUGAAUCGGUAUCUACGAAGCGUCGCUUCAUCAAAACCCAUUUCGCUGGCUACGAUGUGCCCGAUCGCCUGCUCCAAAUUGUCCUCAAGACGGAGCGAGUGCAAGACAUGCUCCAACUGUUGACCAAUCAGUAUCCAUACCUGGAAGAGCUGCUCAGCUACGAGAACUAUGCGAAACGUUUCGAUACGUUGCUGUUUCUGGAGGAGAUCGAAUAUAUGAUCAACUUUCGUAAUUUUGAUCGGGAACGUGCUCAUUUUCAGCGCGAUGGGAAAUAUCUAUCGCUGCACGUGGAGAAUCUGGCGGAACGUCGUCCCUCCUUGGUGCUGGGCGACUCUGUGAAUGCCAUCAAUCCCUGGGUGGAAAACAGCGUCUAUCAGGGCAUCAUACACAAGGUGCUCUUCGAUCGCGUCCUGCUCAAGUUCAACGCCAGCUUUCAGCAGCAAUAUAAUAGCGAGGAUUAUCGCCUGGAAUUCCAUUUCUCCAGAUAUGGGUUUCGCAAGCAGCAUUAUGCUGUUAAUCACAUAACCGACUAUUUGGGUCAGCAUUUCCUCUUUCCCAGCAAGGUGACCAAACGCGACAAUCCCCAGCUGGACAUCCAAUUCAGGGAUGAUGUAAUGCAUCUCUAUGACGACCAGUUGCCCUGGUUCAAUCCGCAGCUGAACUCUAUUCAAAAACGUGCCAUUUACAAUAUACUCCGUGGUGAAUCCGAUCGAAUUCCGUAUGUCAUCUUUGGUCCGCCAGGCACUGGCAAAACUGUCACCCUGGUGGAGACCGUGUUGCAACUGGUGUACAAUUUACCUGGUGCUCGGGUGCUCGUUGGCACUCCGUCGAACAGCUCGGCGGAUUUGAUCACCAAGCGAAUCAUUGACAGCAAUGUGCUGCAGCCGGGCGAAUUUGUACGGCUCGUCUCACAUAACCAGGUGGAGAAGGAUCUGGUGCCGCCGGAACUAAUGAACUACUGCGCCACCAUCGAAAUUGGCAUCCUGGACGACAGCCAUGAUAGCAUAAUUGUCACGGAUUCGGGACUCAAAUUGCGCUGCCCGGCAAACUUUCUGGGCAAGCAUCGGGUGACGAUCAGCACGUGCUCCACGUUGGGGAACUUUAUACAAAUGGAUUUCCCUUCGGGCCACUUUACACACCUGCUGAUCGACGAGGCGGGUCAGUGCACGGAGCCGGAGACGAUGGUGCCCAUUGCGCUGGUUGCCCAGAAGCGCAGUCAGGUCAUCCUUGCGGGAGAUCCGAUGCAAUUACAGGCCAUUGUUAGCAGUCGUCAUGCUGUUGAAUUUGGCUUGCCCUUAUCGUUCCUGGAGCGACUACUGCAGACGGCACCAUAUCGUCGAGAUCUGCAGCGAUUCCCCGACAGCUCCGGCUACAAUCCGGAUGUGCUGACCAAGCUGCUCUACAAUUAUCGUGCGAUUCCCUCGAUUAUGUCCGUGUACAGCAGACUAUUCUAUGACAACGAGCUCAUCGCUCAGAUCUCGAAGGAGGAUUCACACGAGGCACAGCUGCUCGCCAGGCUGCAGUCGCCGCUUUUCAAUACGGAGAAUACGCCACGCACCCAUGGCGCCUUCUUCCACGGCAUCUUGGGUGAGAAUCGGCAGGAUAUGGAUUCACCUUCGUGGUAUAAUGUCGUCGAGGCUGUUGAGGUCUUCAAAAUGUGCUGCAAAUUGUAUGGCCAAAAUGUGAGUCCCCAAAAUAUUGGCAUAAUGUCGCCGUAUUCGAAGCAGGUGAAGGUGCUGCGCACUUUGUUCAUCGGUGCCGAUAUGGACAUGCCCAAGAUUGGUUCCGUCGAGGAGUUUCAGGGUCAGGAACGUGAUAUCAUGUUGAUAUCCACGGUGCGCUCCUCGCAGGACAAUCUUCAGUCGGACGCAAGGCUCAGUUUGGGUUUUGUGCACAGCAGCAAGCGCAUGAAUGUGGCCGUCUCCCGUGCUCGCUGCCUGAUGGUCAUCUUUGGCAAUCCCCAGCUUCUGGCCCUCGACGACUGCUGGCGCCACCUAAUUCUCUACUGUGCCAACAACAAUGCCUACAUUGGCUGUGAGCUGCCAUCGAAUAUCCAAUCCCUGGACGAGGAGCUGGAUAAAUCCGACGUGAAUCUGGCGGACUCCUCUGAUUAGUUGCCUUAAUUGGCCAAUUGGCCAACUUAACCACUGCUAGAUGUAUCCAAAGACAGCAGCUGUCGACAAGCGAAUUUAUUUUAAUUUUAAAAACACAUUCCCUAAUAGACAUUAAAUAUUAUGUACAACUUUUGUAUCUUGAAUCAAUUCAUUUUCAUUUAUAUAUAAAUAAACAUUUAUGAAGAGUUACCACUA